CACUUUGGUGACUGUUUCUUUUGCAGGGGCUUUGCCAGUGUAGACUUAACCUAACGUAGUAAGUGUAGACUUGAUGGCUUGUCCAUGACCCGGUAACACUUCCGUUUAAACUGUUAACAAAUGUCAUGCGAUUGUGAACAACCAGAAGCCACAGCGCAGCGGUAGUUUUGGAUUUGAAGAUGGGGGACGAUUUAGGUGAUGACUGGUGGGAACAAAAGGGCAAUUCGGAUUCCCCCGUGGGAGAGGAGGAGAGCGAAGAACCGGAGAAACAGCCCACAGAGCAAGCAUCCCCACGGGAGAAGAAAGGAAAGAAGAGGAAGAGUGUAACAGAAACCCCAGUCCCGGUCAAGAAGAAGACUGCACUGAAAUCACAGACUGCGUGUUUUAUGGCUCAGGCGAAGAAAGAGGAUGAAGUAGAAAAAAAGCCCAAGAAAAAGAGAAAGAAGAAGAAGAAGACUAUCACAGACGUCCUCGCUACCUCGGAACCCAAACCGGGCUCUCCGGGUGACCUGCAGAGCCUGGUUCUAGAACACUUCAAAGACAAACGCUCCGUCAUCGAGCUGGAGGAUCUCAAACUACAGGAUUCCUGCUUCGUGAGGAGUAAUGACCUCACACACAGCCUCUCCUCCUACCUGAAAGAAAUUUGUCCCAAAUGGGCUAAGGUCCAGAAGCAGCACACAGAGAAGAGUUCUGUGGUUCUGCUCAUCGUCUGUAGCGCCGCGCUAAGAGUCAUCGAGCUCAUCAAACAGUUAACCACCUUCAGGGGAGAGGCCAAAGUGCUGAAGCUGUUUGCAAAGCACAUCAAGGUAGAGGAGCAGGUGAAGCUCCUACAGACGGGGGUGACACACAUCGGGGUGGGGACGCCAGGGAGACUGACUGCCCUCAUUGAGAAAGAGGGUCUGACCCUGCCUCCCCUGCGUUUCCUGGUUCUGGACUGGAACUGGAGAGACCAGAAGCUUCGCAGGAUGGUGGAUGUUCCUGAGGUCAAAGGUGACUUGCUGAAGCUGCUGGAUAUGGGGAUCUUGAAAGGUUGUAGGGAAGGAAAAGUCAAAGUGGGACUGUUCUGAUACAAACACACACCUCGUGCCAUAAUCCUCCAUUUUUUAAAUUUCACCUUUAUUUUACCAGGUAGGCCAGUUGAGAACAAGUUCUCAUUUACAACUGCGACCUGGCCAAGAUAAAGCAAAGCAGUGUGACAAAAACAACAACACAGAGUUACACGUGGGAUAAACAAAAGUAGAGUCAAUAACAAAAGAAAAAUCUAUAUACAGUGUGUGCAAAUGGAGUAAGGAGGUAAGGCAAUAAAUAGGCCAUUGUAGCAGAGUAAUUAAAAUUUAGCAAAUUAACACUGGAGUGAGAGAUGUGCAGAUGAUGAUGUGCAAGUAUAAAUAGUGGUGUGCAAAAAAGUGAAUAAAAACAAUAUGGGGAUGUGGUAGGUAGUUGGAUGGGCGAUUUACAGAUUGGCUGUGUACAGCUGCAGCGAUCGGUGAGCUGCUCAGAUAUCUGAUGCCAUAUACUGAGAUACAAACACACACCUAGUGCCAUACUCUGCUAUAUACUGACAUACAAACACACACCCAACCAAGUCAGACUGGACCUCUUCUCAUCAUGCUCUUGUUCACACGCGCACACAAACACUCACACGCAACAAAGUUAAUUGGGGCCCCUCAAACCAAUCCUGUCUCCAUAACAGACAAAGACUGCUGGACAUUUCAACCAUCUACCCUAUCCUGUUUUUACCCUCUCUCUCUGUGACACUGUUCUUGUUCUAUUUUAAGUGACCAUGUAAAAUGUCUGAUAUGGUUUAUACAGUGUUGUAGUUCAACAAUAGCACAGCCCUCUGUGUGACACAGCCCUUUGUGUGAUGGUUUGAAUAAAGACAUUUGAAUGGAA